CGUCACUUCCGGAACAUUUAGCCUGUGACACAGGAAGUAAUCCUGAAUCAUCCCGGCGACCAGUUUAGAUCUACUUCGACUACAAAAUCGCUUUAUUCAUUACAUGUUAAGAUCAUUUCAAAUUGUCAUAUUCCUCGUUCAAAAUGCUGAUCAAAGUGAAGACUCUGACUGGAAAAGAAAUCGAAAUCGACAUUGAGCCCACAGACAAGGUGGAGCGAAUUAAAGAAAGGGUAGAAGAAAAAGAAGGCAUACCCCCUCAGCAACAAAGACUCAUCUACAGUGGGAAACAGAUGAACGAUGAAAAGACGGCAGCAGACUACAAAAUCCAGGGCGGCUCGGUGCUCCAUCUGGUGUUGGCGCUGAGAGGGGGGGGAGCCCAUGUACUACUCACCUCAACAUGAAUGGCGCUUAACGCAAUGCCAGCUGUGUGCCAAUGCUCGAGGUGUCCCAACGUCAUUAAACUAUGUUACCAUAACAAGCAAAUCACCCCUCCCUCCCUCCCUCCCUCGCUCAAAAGCAAACCUGUUGUGAAUGUUUUUGUGCUUUCUGCAGUCGCCCUGUUUGUACAGGCCAUUCUCAAUAUCGCACUCUUAUUUGCCAAGUUUGAGCAUGGAAUUUGACUCUCAGCCAUCAUUUCGGGAGCUAAACCCAUCCAUUGCAGCCUGGUCAUCCUCCCAUCUGUGGUCUCUUCUCAAGGUUUCUCAUUCCCCCUAGCUGGAGUUUUUCUUGGGAGUUUCAGAUCAGGGGAUGUUUGAGAAUAUUUGUCAUUUUUCCACAUGUCCUGAGUGUUGUUAAAUGUUGAACAGAGGCUGUGGAUGUACCCAAGUCAAAUUCCUUGUUUGGCACGCUCAAACGUGGCCACUCGAACAACUUUCAGGACGACGUGCAAAAAUUGACACUGAACCAAUGCUGUGGAAAUUGUGAAUAAACGCUCAAAUUGG